GGGUGACAGUCCUCCUCAUACCCCAGUUCCAGAGCAGGUACGACAGCCUUGGCCAGAGGGAGUCCCCGAGCCAGAUAGCCAGGAGAUUCCAGCGGCCCCGCCAUAAGCCACUAUGUCACCCAAACAAGAGGUUGAGGCACGGGGACCAGAAGAGGGAUGGAGGACUGAGUCCCGCGUGGUCAUUGAUUCACGCCUAGCCUCACAUGCAUCUGAGCACCCUGAUAUUGAGGUGCCUAGCUCGGUUGGGCCAUCGUUUGGGCCACCGCACGUCGAGCCUGAGAGGGGCGCGCAGGCUCCAGCCAGGGAGGUCCGUGGAGUGAGAGCGGAAAAGGCGUCAGAGGAGACCGCAGAGGCAAAGUCUACCAGGAUACAGGCCAGCCUUGCUGAGAUAUAUGAGCAGAAGGAAAGGAUGGAGGCGGCGGGAAUAGCACCGACACCACCAGUUGACCCCAGGACGAGCGAGCAGAGGAUUGAGGAGUUAUGGGCCAGAUAUGAGAGCCGAAGGGAGGCAGCUCGCCAGAGGUCACAAGAGGCGGGGCAGGCGGAUGAGAGGGCAGAUGAGGCAAUAGAGAUUGGAGGGCUGGGAUUUUCUGCUGCCAGGAGGGCCAUCGAGCAGGUGGACAGAAGGAUACGACAAGCAGCCACCACAUCCUUCCAGAGGUAUACUCUGCUCAGUGAUGAGCUGGCAAUCGGGAAGGGAGAGGUGGAACAGCUGACUGCCCAGCUCGUAGAAGAAAAGACUGAGAAUAAGGCCUGGAGGACUCACCUGGAAGCGAAAGAAGCUGAGUGGGAGAAAAGGCUCAAGGAGAUGUCAGUUGCAGUGGAAAGAUUUUCAGCCACUAAGGUGGUCGAUUGGACUGAACAGAGCAGGUGUGGCAUUCAGGGUGAAGGGAUGCAGGGACUGUUUGGCGAGGGAAAGGCGGCAGAGACAUCUCAGCAGGAAGAAUUAAAGAAGGUGUUUCUGGACCCGGCUGAAGUAGAAGCAAGGAGGGAGGCUAACAAGGGAAGUUUUGAGUUCAAGGCUCCCACUGAGUUAGCCUCGCGGCAAGAGGCCCCUACUUCAGCUAAGGCCCCUAUGGAGGUGCCAAUUCAGGAACCCCAGCCUGCACCGGCAGAGGAAGAAGUUGCAGAAGAGUCGCUCACGAUCCUUUUGGAAGCGCAGGAAGGGACCCUUACUGGGGCAGUGGUACCCCCUCAGUCCGAGGCACAAGGGAGAGAGUCAUCACGCUUGGACGAGUUGGUGGCCGCCAUGGAAGUAGAUAUGCUAUCAGAAAGGCCUCAGAGAGUGGAGACCCCGGAGCAUGUGCCAGAAAUGAGGGAGUUGAGGACACAGUUGGGCUCCUGGGCCACUAGGAUUGACUCAGUAGGGCAGGCCACUGAGCGACAGCAGCAGGAGGCCACGAGCCAGCCUGCAAGGGCAGCUACUCCCCAGACUUCGGAGCCUCGCGAGAGUGAGGAAGUGGCUUUGACAGAAAGGACCCACGAGGGCAGGCCACGGAGGUUGGAUACUCCCGAGUACAGGCCCGAGGGAAGUGAGGGGCGAGGGGAGUCGAGUGCUCAGGGAUUUGGGAAGAGGGUUGAGGGGUCGUGACACCUGCCUCAGAGUCACGAGGUGGGCAGGGAGACAGGAGAGGCACUCCCGUCGUCAGGGGCCCAAAAAAAGAAGAGGAAGUUUCAGAGAAAGUCGGAGGCUAUGUGCUUCUACUUUCUGGAUGGUAUGCACAGGGCCCUAGAGUGUC